CGUUCGAGUAUAUGGUUUCGUAUGCCAUCAGUUUAUUGUAAAAAUAUUUGUUUUUGUGCUAUUGCAAUAUAAUUUAUUCAAUAAGAAUUCACGAGAAAGGUUCCCGGAACAAUAAAAUCGUGCUUAAUACUUAAUUGUUGUGUCAAAAAUAAUGUAAUUUGACAUAAUCUUCUUUGUUUUGAUGUGUACUCGUAUAUUGAUUUAUCGCAUGCGAGCGACCUGAUUCUAGUAUUUGUAAUGUGUAUCCCGUAAAUAAUUAAUAUAAUCAUUAGAAGAAACAGCCCUAAAGCUUGAGAAUGAGUUUUUGACAGUGAUUUCCAUAUUGGGGCAAUGUGUUGGUGCAAUGAGGCGUAUAAAUUGAAUUUUUCGUGAAUUUGAAAAGUGAAAUAGGAGUGUUGCUUCCCGUCAUAGCAUGCAUUUAUCACGAUGAUGACGCCUGUUGAGGAGAAGAAAGAUGAAAAGAUCCGGACAGGCAUGGUGCAGGUGUCGGACGGCAAGUCGCGCCCGCGGCCGGCGCGGCUCGUGCUCACCAUGGACGCGGUGACCGUGCAGCGCGAGCUGCCUGUGCAGCAGCCGCCGCGAGACAAGUCCGUGCCACACGCCAGGGAACGGAUGGUGCAAAUAAACCGGCAGAAGGUGGGCGGGCUGGGUUUGAGUAUAAAGGGCGGCGCGGAGCACAAGCUGCCGAUCCUCAUCUCCAAGAUAUACAAGGACCAGGCGGCCGACCAGACGGGGCAGCUGUUUGUCGGCGAUGCAGUUAUUAAAGUGAACGGUGAGUACAUAACCGCGUGCAAGCAUGACGACGCGGUCAACAUCCUGCGGAACGCUGGAGACAUAGUGGUGCUGACUGUCAAGCAUUAUAGGGCAGCCACGCCAUUCCUGCAGAAGCAAGCGGCGGCGGACGGCGCGUCGGACACGGACAGCAGCACCGGCGACGACCACCCCUCGCACCACAACACUGUCGACGCCAACUGCAACUCCGAGAAGAGCGAACACACCAACGGCGGCUGGCAGAGCGCGUGGUGCGAGGCGGAGGAGCCGAGCCGGCCGCCCUCCGCCACCUCCGCCCUGUCCGCCCUGUCCGCCGCCUCCGAGCGGCACGACGGCGCCCGGGAGUGGGUCGACGUCGUCUCCGUUCCUCUGAUGAUGGGUUAUGUGACGCGAUACGUGAUGGGCACGGACAAACUUAGACCCGGAGCAUUUGAGGUACGUGGCGCCCGCCCACACCUCACGACUGGCAUCAUCCACGUCGACGAUCCUGUGGCCCUCUCGCAGUGGCUCAAGAGCAUCUCCGACAACAUCAUCGGACUCACCAACUUACAGAUGAAGGUGCUGAACCGGCAGCUGUGCGUGGGCGAGCGCAUGGAGUACAUGGGCUGGGUGCACGAGGGCGUGCUGUCGCCCGCGCAGCCGUGGCAGACCUACCGGCCCAAGUUCCUCGUGCUCAAGGGCACAGACGUCAUGCUCUUCGAUGUGCCGCCGAUGAAUAUAAGCGAGCUGGCGAAAUGCCCAGAGAGCCUGAAGGUGUACCAGACGAUGUUCCGCACGGUGAAAGAAAGCGAGACGGUGGACUGGCGGCAACACUGCUUCCUGGUGCAGAGCAGCGGCGCGGGAGUGGGUGGGGUGGGGGGAGUGGUGGCGCCGGGCCCGAGGUACUUCAGCGCAGACACGCGCCGCGACCUGCUGCGCGUCGAGGCCGCCUGGACCGCCAGCAUCGUCGGCGCCGUCGUACGACUUGGUAAAAAAACGUUCACAGUGGUGCACUGCGGCCGCGCGGCGGGACUCACGCUGGACUGGGCGGCCGGCUUCUCCCUCAGCGACGCCACGCCGGGGGCGCCCCCCGUCUGGGCAUACAGGUUCUCGCAGUUGCGAGGUUCGAGUGACGACGGCAAGUCGAAACUAAAACUGCAUUUUCAGGAUGCGGAGACCAAACUUAUUGAGACUAAAGAGCUGGAGUGUCAGAUCCUGCAGAGCCUGUUGUUCUGUAUGCACGCGUUCCUCACUGCGAAGGUGGCGUCCGUCGACCCGGCGUUCCUCGCAUCCAUACAACAAUCUAACUGAAUAUUAGAGGCAGCGCUGUUCAAACCGUUCGCAGUUUGCGUGUGACCGACGAGCGUUUGAACCGCGGUUGAAAAAACGCGAAAAAGUGAAGUUAAAAAAACGCUCGUUGCCAGUUGUUAGCUUCCGUUUGUUUAAUUUAAUACGGAUUAGAGAGUUUUCGUAUGUUUUUUUAUGCUACCACCAACUAAAUAUUGAGUUUUGAUAUUCAGUGUAGAUUAUUUUACAUUAAGUGACAGAUCUGUUCGUUCAGGUCAAAAAAUAAAAAAUAAAUGGUGGUAAACUAAAGCUCACUUACGCUCUGUUAGAUAUAUAAUUGGCAGCAAGAAGAAUGAAAAGAAUGGUUAUGAAUGUAGUGUAUAGGACGACGGCAAAUUAUUCGAAUUUAUAAGAUUUUAAUAUUAUUCACGAUCGUUACAUUCUGAUAGGUUGUAUGUCGUGUUGAGUCUGAUCUGUCGGUGACAAAAAAAAAUAGGAAUGUAAAACACUUAUGUUAUAGUUUCUAUGAGUGCUCAGUCGGUAAUGAAAAGACAAUCAUGCCACGGACCUGACUCCGCACGGCUGUAUGACUAACAGCCGUUUUCAAUAAACGAUCCCAAUCGAUUUUUUCGAUCUAUCUCAAAAAAUGACCAAUCAACAACAAAGAAUAUUGUGACGAACUUACAAAUGAAUUAUUGUGAUUGGUUCAUUCUCGGAAUCGGAUCGAAGAUUGAGAUUGGCGUUGAUUAUUGAAAGCGGCAGUUACUCUGAAAUAGUUAAAUUCGAUUGGCGAUUAUAUCGUUUAUUUCAAAAUUUAUAGGCAAUUCACCAAAUAGUUGGUAUUGGGCCAAUAUUGGCUACAAAUCUUCCAAUAUACAUAUAUUUCAUUAUGCUUAAAACAUGCAUGCAAUAUCGACUACUGUUUUUAAAAUAAAUUAGGUAUAGGGCGGGACUAACUUCACAUUGCAAUUAUUUCUUUGUAAUCGAUUUAUUUAUAACAUCGAAACUAGUCUAAACUAUAUUUGACUAUUUUGAUUAUCCCAAUAAUGGGAUCAGAAACAUCUAAAGUAGAGAUGUUUUUUUAUAAAAUCCAAUCGAUAAUAGAUUGUACGGUGUUCAAUUUAAUCGAGAAUCGGAGUAUCGAUUGUUACCAAUCAUUAUUCAAAACUUACAAUUCCUUAAUGAUAUUGAUUUAACAGACAAAAGAUUAUUAUAAAGAAUAUUACAACUAAAUGUUCGAUAAAUAUAGCUACUAUGAGGCUUAUUUUUUUUUUCUUGAUUCUAUUAAAUUUAAUAUUUUGGACCAAAUAAAUGUUAUGAAAUAUCUCGAACCCAAACAGCGAAUCAAAAGACUUUAGGCUUAUUAAUAAUUAUUUAAAUGUUUUAUUUUCUACCUCGCGAUUCUCGACUCUACCGUUUGAUCAGUAUUUUUUGAGGCUAUCAAGCUAGUUAGUUUGAAAUAUCGAUCCUUUUUUAUAUUCCUAACAAUGUUAUCCUUCCUUCUACGAUGUCUUAAUAAGACAUUUUCGAAUAAUAAAUUACGGCAGUGUUCAAAUGUAUUUUGAUUUGAUAAAGUAAAACUGAUUUGUAAUUGGUCAUGCUGAAAUAUUUUUCAUAUUAUCCGAAAAAGUGAAACGAUUAUUUAUCAAUAAAAAAAUCGAUAAAAAGUGAUCGUUUAAUAUAACAGGACUUUCACUCUAUACAUAUUUUUUAAACAAGCAAUGAUUUUUUUUAAUAAUAAUCAAAUGGUAGUACCUCAUCUCCUGCAUGACGAUUAAAUAGAAAAUAUACGAAAUAGUAAAAAAAAAUAUUGUUAUCAAUAAAUGUAACAUUGAUUUUAAUUUUCGUAGAUACUAUAAAAUAUUGACAAAAGAAUAAAAAUCGACAUAAUUUAAUAACUUUGUUUAAAAAUGGGAUAGAAAAGGUAAGGUCUAAAAAAAGGUAACGAAAAAAUAUCGAUAAUUUUUUUAAAGCGUUUUGCGUUUUAUCGACAUCGAUGUAAAAUAAAUUUAUUUGAAAAUAUAAUUGUUAAACGUUUGCGCUUGCUUCAUAUCAUUACAUUUAAGGAGAUUAUAUUUUAAACGCAUCAUUGAUACUAGAAAAUUAUUUUUUCAAUCUUGGAUAUUGUGAAAGACAAUUUUCAACUUGAAUAGACUUAUUUCAGUUCGAAUUAUUGGGGUAAUUAGUAUAUAGUUGGAGGUGACAUUGACCGCCCUAAAAUAUUUAUGUAGUUCUGUAUGCAGUUAAAGCUAAUUUCAAUGAUUGAAAAUUGUCUUUCAAUUUUAAAUCCAAGGUAAAUAAAGUCUAUAUUCAUUUGUUAAAACUAAACUUUGAUAUUUUAUGCCACGCGUGCGAAUAAAAGAUGGAUUUUUCAAUUUAUUAAUAUAAAAAUAAUUAUUCAUAUAAAAUUGGUUGAUCUUUCGUGGUGAGUGUUUGGAAAUGUUUAACGUGUGUGCUGAUGUUUGCUCAAAGUUAAAUUGGUUGUUUUUACGUAAUUAUAUUUAUUAUGUUUACACUAUGGGAGUCAGACAUAAACAUAACUGACUUAUCCAAAAUUAUGUGUGUACUCUUUGUGAAUUAUCUCUUGCUUUAAUGUUGAAUGAAUCAUCGUGAGAAAAUCUGCUACAUACCUGAGAAGUUCUCUAUAGGAAUUUUGAAGAUGUGUGAAUUGUACUAAUCUGCACUACAGCAUGGUGGACUAAGGCCUUACAACUCUCAGUAGUAGAGGAGGCCUGUGCGCAGCCGUGGAACAGUAUAAAAAAUGAAUAUGUUUAGAGGUAUUUCAAUGGUUAAGGUAAAAAUGAAUAAACCUUUGAAUUAAACGAUUCAUAUUAUCGCUUGGUUGUGCAGUAUUCGAAAAAAAACUUAAGUAAAAAGAAAUAGCAUUCUCUCAAGAUACAUGACCUUUAGUUUUAGACAAUCAAAACGGCAAUAUUUACAAUUAUAGGUUAAACAUUUUCGAACAACUACCAACGUCGUUUAUUUAAUAAAAUAUAAAACGAAAUCUCAAUUAAUCUCUUUUAUAUUUUAGUUGUAUAAGCAUUGCUUAGAAAACUAUUGUUGACUAAUGUAGUUAGGUUUCGUGUGAGUGUAACAUAUUAGUUAUUAACUUGUACUGUAUUAAUAUAUUCAGUUGAUUUAGCUGGCAACAAAUUUUACACUUAGCGAAAAAAAAAUCGUUGAUUUAAAAAAAUAUUUGUGAAAUGCAUUUUAUUUUUUAUUAAAAUGCAUUUCACAAAUAAUUAAUUAAUACAAUGAGACAUGCAAAUAGUACUACAGGGGUGCUGCACUACACUCGUCAUCUGUAACUGUGAUUCACAAUUAUUGUUCUGAUUUUCAUUGCAUUUAUUUCUAACUAACUCUACAGUUGAUUUUACACAUUACUUUGAAUUUUCAUAUGUAUAAAGUACCCCAUUUUCCCCACUGUAAAAAGAUGUUGCCAGCCAAAUUAACAUCUAGUUGUACUAAAAGAGUUGUGUACGGUCAAUUUUGUGCAUUCGAGGCUAUUAUAUGGAUGUGUGACACCAAUAUUAUACACCGUUUGGGUGAUUUAAUUUAGUAUUUCGUGAUAUACUCCGUGUGUGUGACUCUCUGAUGUAGUGUGAACAAAUCGAAAUGAUUUUAAGGAAUAUAUUACUGUCUUAUAUUGUAAUUUGUUUAUAUUUUUUUGAGAUUUAAGAUUUCCAGUCAGCAUACUCAUGAAUAUUUUUAUCUCAGAAAGAACACGAAAGGAUGAAUUUCACCCGAUAUUACUUGCUUAUCGCCACAAUAUUUGUACGUUGUUAAGGUUUAUCACUCCUAAAGUAGUGGCUUCCACCACAAAUUAAAUACUCAAUUACUGUAGUUUUAAUAAAUAAGUAGACAACAAUAUAAUGUGCCAACAAUAAAAUUCAUCUCUUCGUGUUUUAUUAGCAGAAUCUUACUCUGUUCCUUAAAAUUAAUUUGUUUUACUGAUAACUAUUGCUGUUUCGUUCCCACCGUAACGUGAGUGAGAGAGAUAGCAAAUCGAUUCCUCUAUAAAACCAAUAGUUUGUACUUUCUUAGUUAUUUAAAUUAAGUUUAAGCGAAUGGGGUAAGUUGUAUCGUUUUGUACACUUUACGCCAAUUGGAAAAAAAUACUAAUAUUUUAUAUUUAAGUUCAUAGUGUGAUUAACAUGUUCAAUAUCGACUUUAUUAUUGUUUCCUAUUUGGAAUAAAAUAGUGGUAACUCACAAAAAAUCUGCCGAAUUGAAAACCCCUUUUUUAACAGCAACGGCGAAUUAUUAUAAAGGUACGUGCCACUAAACUAAAGCCUAUAUCACCUACUAGACUCAAUAUUAAGCAUUAGGUUUAAACAGAAUUAACCUUAAAGUUGAUAAAAUGUGUCUAAAAUAUUUUUUUUGUCGACAGAAAUUCUAACAAAGAUAAUUUAUAUUAUAAUAUGGAUAGAACACUUAAAACCUUUUUUGUGAGUUAGCAUAUUUUAUGCUAUAACAAUUUAAACCUAUGCAAUUAACGUAACAAUUAUUCGUAACUGUAUCAAUCGAUUUGUCAAUUUAGAGGAAUUACUGAAGACUGAGUGUGAUGCGGCAUGAUUCCCAUUUUCUUACUGAUAUCGAUAUUCUAUAGUGACCCUAUUAGUACAUUUACUAAUUUAGUACAAUUACCGCCUUUAGUUUCUUGUAAUAUCGGCAUUAUGUUAUAGUAUCCUAAAUAUUUUUCGAGUCCAGUUUAGUAAAUUGAUUCAUUCUAUAUUGUAUUAACAAAAAUUGUGCACCUUAAUAUCGAUUUCGAAAACAAAAUAUAGUUGAAAUGUAACCGAGAAUACGAAACCGGGUAUUCAUUCAAUAUUGCUCAUAUUUUUAUGCUAUAAAUUGUUGUAGUAUUUCUACAAUCUACAAAUAUUGUCCACUUCUUCCAAAUCUGUUUUGUGUUGUAUACAUGUUUGACAUAAUACUCGUGUAAGAGUAUGACGAAAUGGUUAACCUAGGAAUGAAGCAAGAAUACUUGUGAAUAUUGUAAUAGGUUGUCAGUGCAGUAUACAUUACAUACAAUUGCAUGUAAAUUCUUCCUGUAUUCGUAUCUAUGAAUGGUCUAAGAGCUGACAGACAUUAUCAGAUCUUCAACUAGAAUAUUUUGUCUAUAACUAUAAAUAUGGCACUGUGAAGUGAGCAAUGUACUAAAUCUAACAACUUAAGAUAAACACAUUUAUUUCUAAUUAAUCAAUUUAUUUUUAGAGUAUAUGUUUAGUUAAAGCUUCCAAAAUUAAAGUGGCAUAAACAUUGCUAAAUAAUACGAUAAAUUAAACUUUAAUUGCUUGCUUCAUAGUUCCUUUUAGAAAUAAUAUAUCAAACAAUGUAAAACAUAAAUUAAUCCCAUCCAUUAAUAUUAGAUUGUGCCAGUUUUCACACAUCAUCCGUAAAGGAGACUCCCAAUAAUAGCACAUUAAUGCGGUGCUACACUCUUCAAGGAGUCAAGGUAGAUGAAAACAGGCAAUAAUGUCUGCGCUAUGUAAAUACAAGUUAUUCUCGUAAGUAAUUGGCGAAACAGGGAUAACACCACGCAUACUGCAGACAGUCUUGAAACCAAUGUAUUAUUUGAUUAUUUGUUCAACCUAAAUAUUAUGUUGUUCGGCCUAAAUUAAGCAAAAUGAAAUGUAUACUCGUGUAAACAAAUGGAAACGAAUCGCGUCUCGUAUUAGGUAUGUCCGCCAAAUUCACCGCGGCUCGGACGCCGGGCCGCGGUCACUCUGCCGGACUAUAGUUACGCCUAGUUAUUUAUACCUAUUGUUGAUCAUGUAAUAUUGUAUCCAUUAGUAAAAUAAUAAUACAGUCA